CAGCUUCUGCCGGGGCUAAAGCAUCAGCUAAUAAUCGAUUCGCCUUCUACAUUCAACUUCAUCGCUCUCGUAUUCGCACCAAAAUCGGUCAGCACCCGCUGCAACCACCACGCAGCUCAAUCAGCUCACGAUACCGUCUUCACACAUUUCAAUGAGAAGGAUGAUCCAAGAAUGCAGUUUUCCGCGUGCCCUCAACUCUUAGCCGCUCUCUUACUAUUUCUCCCUUCCACUGACACGGCUGCCAAAGCCUUUGCGCCUACGAGUUCUUCAAAUCAUCCAAAAACAUCAAAUUCAUUGCAAAACAAAGAUAUUAAUGGAACCUGCAAAUUUCGCACUAUCAAUUACAUCACAGACUCACUGCCGCAACAAUGCUUCAAAAAUACGUGGAGUGCUGCCAAAGCAGCUGAUCCAAACCUUUUAGAUAGCGGAGGGAGAGAUUCAGCAGGAAAUAUAACUGCGACGCUCCUUAACAUCACAAGCAACAUUAUAGGGAUUUAUAUCGAUAAACAAGAGCUCUCCAUUGUUAAAACUGAAGAGAUUUUACCGACAGAAGACGCUGCGCUAGAUCUUAGCGACAAUCAGUCCGCCUUUCUCUCCUUUGAGGAAUGGAAGAAAUUAACUCUUGAGAAAGCUGGCCAAAAAGAUGUGAAUAUAUCGCCCAAGAAACCCAAUUAUUCUAAAACACGAGAAUUCGAAAACUACUCCAACAAUUUAGAGUCUUUAGGAGACGAGGGAAAAAUGGAUUUGAAAUUUACUUUCAGAUCCGGUGGCGAGGAGUUAAACACUGCUGAGUUUCAUGAGACCAAUAAGGGUGAAAGUAUGGUUCCUCGGGGACAAAAAAAAGAGAGUUAUCGCAGUAAAGAUGCUGGAAAGACUUGUAAGGAGCGUUUCUCAUAUUCUUCAUUUGAUGCUGGAGCCACGGUACUAAAAACGCACGCUGGGGCGAAAAAUGCGAAAAAUAUUCUCAUUGAGAACAAAGAUUCAUACAUGCUUUCAGAGUGUUCAUUAGAAAAUAAGUUUAUAAUAAUAGAACUUUCUCAGGAAGAUAUAUGGAUUGACACGGUUGUACUGGCAAACUACGAAUUCUUUUCUAGCAUGAUACGCACAUUUCGCGUCAGUGUCUCUGAUCGCUAUCCUGUAAAGCUUGAAAAGUGGAAGGAUAUUGGCACCUACGAAGCACGAAACUCAAGAGAACUGCAAGCUUUCUUAAUUGAGAAUCCACAGAUUUGGGCUCGCUAUAUUCGGAUUGAGUUUCUCGAUCAUUAUGGCAAUGAAUAUUACUGCCCUCUAAGCUUAGUGAGAGUGCAUGGUACGAGAAUGCUGGAAAGCUGGAAAGAGACGGAAUCUGCAGAUGAAGAUGCAGAUGAGGCAGAAGACAACCCUGAAUUGAUAGAUCAAAUCCACGAUACCAGCGCUAGCAAUAUGUAUAGCAAUGACCAGGCUGACCAAGUCGAACAGGUCUACAUUGAGCAAACUCCUCCCCCUAGCCAAACAAUGCUAGGUCUAAGUACAUGGAGGGAUCCUGGACUAUAUAUAUUUAAUAAUAGAAAUUUUUCAGAAGAUGUAUGCCCAUCUCACGGUCUAGUCUCGCGAAAUAUUGCGCCUGAAAUGAAUAACACGGAAAGCUAUUCGGAAGACGCAUCUCCUUUGACAGAUGUCCCCCAAGGUUCAACGAACAGUACUAUUCUAGUGCCUUCGACGACAUUUAGCACAGUUACUCAGAGUGUUUUGGAAGCAAUAUCAAGCUUGCCAAUCAUACUUAACUCAUCGCCCACCGAUACAUCGGUCUUGUCCUCCGAGACUGCUCAAACUUUAAAUGCGCAACAUAGCCCUAUCAUUGUACCCACGGCUAGUGGUUAUAAUAACACUUCUAGUACGCCUGUGUCAUCUAAGAAUAAGGUCACUCAAACUACGACAUCUCCUUCGGCUCUACCAACUAUCCAGGAGUCCUUUUUUAAGGCCGUUUCACGCCGUCUCACCCUUCUUGAAUCAAAUAGUACGCUUUCUUUAGCGUACAUAUCUGAAGCGACGUCACAUCUUCAUCAGGCUUUCACUACCCUCUCCCGAAGUCUUACCCGUACUCAACUUAAUAAAACAACUGCAUUCCUUGACUCUCUAAAUAGUACUGUUUUAUCGGAGCUCCGAGGAUUUCGGCAACAGUAUGAUGAAAUAUGGCAGAGCACGGUCAUUAGUUUAGAGAGCCAAAGGGAUGAGAGUCGACAGGAAAUUUUGGCCGUCAGCGAGCGGCUGAAUAUUCUAGCCCAGGAAGUGGUCUGGCAGAGAAGAAUGGGAAUUAUACAAAGUAUUCUCCUACUUCUCUGCCUUGGUUUUGUCAUUUUUUCCCGCGUUUCGACACCAUCUGAGCCCUUUUUUAUAAGACCUAGAUCGAGGGCUUAUAUGUAUAACCGAGCUGAUCCACGAUACUGUAAUGGUGAUUCAUUGAGUGACCCUGAAUCUCCUAACCAAUGGUAUGAAAACAGAAAUUCAAUCAAUCAAACACCCAAUUGUGCUCAAGCUGGCUCAAGACAUUACGUCUCCCAUCGAACUUACGAAAAUCAAAAAGGACCUGGUCAUGUGUCAAUCUCAGAACCACCUACCCGCAGACCAGCUCGUAGUCCCCUCAUGGGCUUUUUUAGCCGAUCUGCACAAUCACCUUUGACUUUCGAUGACAAUGAGCAGCUUACCCCCACAGAAUUAAUUCCUGAUUCGCAAUCAAACGGUUACUUUAAUGUCCCUGGCUCCCCAUCUUUUUUCCAAAGAUUUCGCCGGGCAAGACCAUCGCUCCAAGCUCGAUCAUCUGGUAUCUCGGCUAGCGCUCAUGUCAGUAUUCGGGAAAAUGAGAGUAUUCAGGUCUCGGGUAGAGCGAAUGAAAUUCCAUCAUCUUCCGACUCGCAUCAGGACGGGUACUGCACACCGCCACAACGGAAUCCAGAAUCGACUCCCGGCACGAAAACCUUUCAAACUCCAGAUUCCCAUCCUAGUAGGUCGUGUGAAAAGGAAACCUCCGCGUCGGAAUUAAUGUCCACGUGGUCUCUAGAAAACUCGCCCGAGUCGAGCAUUGUGAAUAGAUCAGCUUUCUCAAACCGUCCUACAUGGCCUGAAAGUCGAGCGAUAUCUCUGCAACGACGGGCAACAGACGCCAGUGCUACUUCUAGUGUAAUGAGUGAAGGUCGAAAUGGGCGUAAUUGUUCAAGUAUCAGUAUUGCGACAAAACCUCUCCCAGCGCUACCAGAUCAGGCAUGA